GGUAAGGGGGGGCGCGGAGCCGGGCUCCGGGCCGGCCGGGCUCCGCGCCUGUCAAACCCCUCAUUGUUCGCAGCUGAUGUCACUCGCAGUUGUGAGCGGCCGCCUCUCCCGGGGACAAUGUGGGACUGAGCGGCCCAGCCGCUGUGCCGCUGCCGCCGCCGCCGCCGCCGCUGCCGCUGCUGCAGCCGCAGAACAACCCCAGCGAGAGCUGGUCAGGCCACAGCGUGGACACACUCCCAGGUCACUGUGGCCCCAGCCCCGCCUGACAGAAUGAGUGGCUCAGAUGCGGGGCUGGAGGAGGAACCAGAGCUCAGCAUCACCCUCACACUACGGAUGCUGAUGCAUGGGAAGGAGGUGGGCAGCAUAAUUGGGAAGAAGGGUGAGACUGUGAAGCGAAUCCGGGAACAGAGUAGUGCCCGGAUCACCAUCUCUGAGGGCUCCUGCCCCGAGCGCAUCACCACCAUCACUGGGUCUACAGCAGCUGUCUUCCAUGCAGUCUCCAUGAUUGCCUUCAAGCUGGAUGAGGACCUUUGUGCUGCUCCUGCAAAUGGUGGGAAUGUCUCCAGGCCACCGGUGACCCUGCGCCUUGUCAUCCCUGCUAGCCAGUGUGGCUCACUGAUUGGGAAGGCUGGCACCAAGAUCAAGGAGAUCCGAGAGACUACAGGUGCCCAGGUACAAGUGGCAGGGGACCUGCUCCCUAACUCCACAGAACGUGCUGUUACAGUGUCUGGGGUGCCUGAUGCCAUCAUCCUGUGUGUGCGCCAGAUCUGUGCCGUUAUCCUGGAGUCCCCACCCAAAGGAGCCACUAUCCCAUACCAUCCCAGCCUUUCCCUAGGUACAGUCCUUCUCUCUGCCAACCAGGGCUUCUCUGUCCAGGGUCAGUACGGGGCUGUGACCCCGGCUGAGGUCACCAAGCUCCAGCAGCUCUCAGGCCAUGCGGUUCCUUUUGCCUCUCCCAGUGUGGUGCCAGGACUGGAUCCUGGCACACAGACCAGCUCGCAGGAGUUCUUGGUUCCCAAUGAUCUGAUUGGCUGCGUGAUUGGGCGCCAAGGCAGCAAGAUCAGUGAGAUCCGGCAGAUGUCAGGGGCACAUAUCAAGAUUGGGAACCAAGCAGAGGGUGCUGGUGAGCGGCAUGUGACCAUCACUGGUUCUCCAGUCUCCAUUGCCCUGGCUCAGUACCUCAUCACUGCCUGUCUAGAGACGGCCAAGUCUACCUCUGGGGGGACGCCUGGUUCGGCCCCCGCAGACCUGCCCGCCCCCUUCUCGCCGCCCCUGACAGCCCUGCCCACAGCUCCCCCAGGUCUGCUGGGCACACCCUAUGCCAUCUCCCUCUCCAACUUCAUCGGCCUCAAGCCCAUGCCCUUCUUGGCUCUACCACCUGCCUCCCCAGGGCCACCUCCGGGCUUGGCAGCCUACACUGCCAAGAUGGCAGCGGCCAAUGGGAGCAAGAAGGCUGAGCGGCAGAAAUUCUCCCCCUACUGAGACUGGCUGAGGCACAGGCAGGGGCAGGCAGGACCGCUGGCAGCGAGCCGCCUCUGCACCCUACCCACCCAAGGAGACUCCAGCCUGGGGUCCCAAGCGCCGCUAAUGCCCAGACGCAUGGAUGCACCUCCUACCCUGCCUUGGUCUAUGGCAGGUGCUUCUCUCAGAGUGGUGGCAGUUUCUGGCCUAAGGUUCUCAGAGCUACAACAGCCCCAGGGCAGGGGACCCCACACCUCCUUGGCUCUAUGCUUGGAGAUAGGGAGCAGCCCGGGACCUCUCUAGUGAUCCCACCAUGGGGGAAUACCACUCAUGCACUCCCUAUCCCUUAGGGCUUCCUGGCCCCUGUGGGAGUCAGGGAAGAGGGCUGGGGGUGGCUGGGGCCAUGCUUUUCUCCCCACCACCUGCAGAUUCCUGCUGCUUCCACUGAUACCCUUUUGACUGGAAUGGACUGGCUGGGCUUGUCAGGGGGCACCCCAAUAGGGGGCACUAUUGGGUAGCUGGGGGAGAGGCAUGGGGGCAGGGGCCCGGUUCUCAGCAGCAGACACUCUGUACAGUUUUUUCAAUCCCCGUUUUUGAAUAAAUAUUCUCAGCGACCAGGAA